CUACCCAUGGCCGAUAUAUGAAAGGAGAGAAAGCAUUGACAUUAUGCUGCUAGAGGGAAAAAAAGAAAAAAAAAGGAGGGGCAGAGGGCGUGGUGUUUAUACAUGAUCUUUUAUGCUCCCUGUAUGCAUAUCCUAUGCCCUGGGAUCUGUAUUAUGCCGCCCGGACACGCAGAAUCCUGUUGACGUCUGUCAGUGCCAAUGCGCCUGUGGAUCCUGUUCUCGAGCUGAGACGCCAAACUGCCGCCGCAAGUCUUCGGCGCCAGGAAUUCUUUACGCUUUUGCUGGUCCUUGCCUCUCCCUUCAUCGGAGGAUACACGCUGCAGUACCUGAAGACCUUCUUCUCGUCUUAUGAAGACUAUCUCUCGGCCCUCAACAUCGAGCUCUUUAUCAUUGCUUCAGGCAUCCGACCCCUGACCCAUCUUAUCAGCCUGUUGAAGGCGCGCGCACUGCACCUGCAGGAGCAAGUCCAUUAUCCUGAUGCUGAGGUUGAGCUACUCAGGCGAAAAGUCGCGUCGAUCGAGGCUGAGAUGAGCCAGCUUCGCCGUGCAUUCGCAACCAAGAGAGAUGUGCUUCAGGUGCAGGACAGUGUCGAGCCUACGCUCCAUCAACUCACCAAGCAGAUCAAGCGUCACGACAAGAAGGAGACCCUGUUGAGAUCAUACACAGAGGAGCGUUUUGCCACCAUCGACGAAAAACUGCGCGAGUAUGACACCGUCCUGGCAUACCGCAUUACGGAGGAGCAGCAUCGAUCCAGUCUCCUGUUCUUGCCCAUCAACAUCCUGGUGGCUAUGCUGGGCUACUGCACAUUCUUCCUUCCCAACCGACUGACCGGCAUUACUGGAUCCAAACCACAGCCGAUGCUCAAGAGCCCUCCUGUGCCGGCUGCCAUCGGUGACGGUGUCACGAACGAGGCCCAUGGCCUCCACCAGUACCACUCCAAGCCAGCCCAAUUGAGUGGUCGUCAACCCUCCCACAACCCCAUCACAUCGACCAGAGAAACCGCACGCUUGUACUAAGCACCCUUUUUUAUAUAUCCUCUGAAUACGGAUUGCCCUUACUUUUCCUCACUUGGAAACGGAUGACCUUUU